AUGGCUCUAAUGGCAAAUCCUUGUACGAAUUACACCACUUUGUCGGGUGAAGUCAAGAGAUCUUCUAACUACAUUUUACCGACUGACUCAACUGCCAUCUGUGAUAAUUUCCUGGAGGAGAAAUGGUACAGAAUAAACAGCACAGUGGGCAACGACAUCGUAGAGACAUGUCAAAGCAUGACCCACUGUGGCACAAUAUACCCGUUAUGGAUGAAUGGAACGCUGCCUCUUGUGUCUGAUGGUGAAGUGGAUCGGAUGGUAUGUCAAAGUGGUAUUCUUGGAUGUUGUGAGGCUUCACUUACCAUAAAAGUUCGUAAUUGUGGGACAUUUUAUGUUUACUAUCUCAGAAAACCGUCUGGAUGUCCUGUUGCUUACUGUUUCGGUACACAGCCUAUAAACUCAACAGAAGUAACAACUUCUAGUUUACAAACAACAGAUGGAACAACUAUAGAGACAACAGAUGAAACAACUAUACAUACAAUAUAUGCCUAUACUACUGAUCUUAUACCAUCAACAACAAGACCGAACGAGACAUCAAAGAGCAUUGUAGGGGGUGAGUGUCCAUAG